AUGAAGUUUAUGCGUAGUCUUGAUUGCACGCACUGGGAAUGGGCGACAUGUCCAACCGCUUGGAAAUGGCAACACCAUCGUGGUGACCACGAGGGUCCUACCCUAAUAUUACAAGCGCUCGUGUCUCAAGAUUUAUGGAUUUGGCAUGCGUACUUUGGCAUGACCGGUGCAAAGAAUGACAUUGUUUUUUUACAAUCUUCGGGUCUUUUGAACGAUGUCAUAGAUGGUGUUGUGCCAAGUACUUCAUUCUAUGCAAACGACGUGGAGUAUAAGUAUGGGUACUAUCUUGUCGACGGUGUUUAUCCGGAGUGGGCAACGUUGGUGAAAAGUCUUUCGUGUCCAAAUGACGAGAAAAGAUUGUAUUACAAGAAGAAACAAGAGUCGGCAAGAAAAGAUGUCGAGCGGGCUUUCAGUGUAUUAAAAAAGAGAUGGUCUAUUAUUGCUCAGCCGUCGAGAAUACUUGAAAAGAGUAAAAAGAGAAACAUCACGUAUACGUGCAUCAUCUUGCAUAACAUGAUAUUGGAGGACUCGGGCAGAGCGUUUUGUGGAGAAAGUUAUGAGGAAGAUAACCAACCGACGAACCCACUACUCACAUACGCUAAAAAAGAAGUUAUCCAAGUGAGUAUACGUGACAGGGACACACACCAUAACCUUCGAGCUGAUCUGACCAAGCACCUAUGGUUUUAUCGUGAACAAGAAGGAGACGGCGCGUAUUUUUUUUAG